AGAGACAUUCAAGUUUCAACUUCUUUGUGGGGAAGAUGGUCGGUGUUUCGGUGGUGUUAGGUUGUGUGUUGGCUUUUGCUUCGAUAGCACAAUGUGAUGAUAAUAAUGGAACUGAUUGGAUGCUCCCGUACGAAAGAUCUACGAUUGAUGAUUGUGGUGUGCGGUUUUACAACCAAGUUGAAUCCCAAGUUGACGCACCAGCAGAAGAUCGCAUACUGUACGAUUCUGGGAUUCCUCAUGCUGCCGAAAUCGGUUGGACAAGUGAAGAUAGCUCCAGAGUGCGAUGGCUAUGUAGCGGUUCAUUGAUCUGGGAAAACUUCAUCCUUACUGCGGCAAGAUGUGCAGCUAACGAUGACAAAAUUCCACCAGAUGUAGCUCGCGUGGGAGUAUACUACAGCGAUGAGUUUGCGCAACAAUUGAAGAUAGUCGACAUCAUACGCCAUCCAAAACAUCGACUCCGCUCGACGUAUUACGAUAUUGCGCUGGUGAAGCUGGAGCGAAAUGUCACCGUCGAUGGCACUGUAGCACCGACCUGUCUUUGGCUGGACGAUGAGAUACGCUUCCCUGAGUUAUUCACGGCAGGCUGGGGUAGGGUCGGAUUCGAAGAAGAUAAACCGGAGAUCCUUUCAAGGGCUCCGGUCGUUCAGAUUAGCAACGAAAAAUGCUCGACAUACUACCCAGAAGGUAGUCCUUUUGUGCGAAAGGGCUUAAUGGAUCAUCAACUGUGUGCAAGCAAGAAAAAUAAGGACAUCUGCCCGGGAGACAUCGGAGGUCCAUUGUACGUGCAACUGUUCAACGGUCGAGAGUUAAGUUCAUUUCUGGUCGGCGUGACUUCUUUUGAGCUAGGCUGUGAUUCCUCAGACCCAAGUAUAUACGUGAAGGUCUCGAAGUUCGGUGAUUGGAUUAUUGAAACUCUUCAACGUCACGGCGAAAUGGCCACACGUUUCAAGUUUGAACCGACGGUUUGUGCCAAUCGUCAUUACAUUCCUCAUGACCAUAAGAGGGACGUGAUGAAAAUGUUGCAUUCGAGCAACACACAUGUGAGUGAAAGUGUUAGCAGCUACGUCGUAAGCUUUGCGAGGCAGCAUGUUGAUGACCCAAUCGGUAACAAUUGCUCCGGAACAUUGGUCGAACCGAACGUGGUAUUGACUACAGCAGAGUGUGUUCUUGACGAGGGAACAAAACCUACGCAUGUGGUACUGGCAAAUGGAAAAAUGAUCGAGGUAUUGGAAAUCACUAUCCAUCCGUCGUACAAUCACUCUAUUUCUCUGUACUACAACAACAUCGCUGUUGUGAAGCUGACAUCAUUUGCUCCGAUUCUACCGUUUUGUGGAUGGUAUGGAGGUCCUAAACCGGAUCAGAAGUUACUUAUCACAGGACAACGUUUUGUACCGAAUGAAGACACGGAAGAAUAUAACCGUAUAGAAAUCAUGACCCACGUUUCGGAACGAUCACCUGUUCAAUGUCGUCUAGCUUCGAGGUACUCAGAUCUCUUACCACAAGGUUUGCGCAGUGAACAUUUGUGCUAUGAGAAUCAUCCGUUCCUUGUACCUGGCACUUGUGACAACAUACUGGGAAGUCCAAUUGAAAGAAUAAAUGAGCAUAAAGGCUACAUCGAUGGAAUAAAUUUACUUGGCCGUGACUGUGGUUAUGGUGAACCGGCAGUAGGCAUACGGCUCAGUGCACACAAAGCAUGGCUUGAAUCUUUAUUGCUCCCUCGACGUGAUAAUGCGACUCUUGUGCACAUUGAUACCGAUCAGGAACUUGGCGACGAAUGCGAGUAUGCCGAUGGGACGAAAGGAACUUGCACUGCUGAGCCAAGCUGUCCAGACAUUAACGCACGACUGCAGAACAACCAACAGGUUAUUUUCUGUGGAAAUAGAAAUGUGGUGUGUUGUCCUAACAAAGCUACUGAUCCUCGAAUGAUGGCAAUUGAAAACGAAUUUAACCAGUGUGAGGAGCGCUAUCGUCACUUAAGAACUGAUCAACAGAAUGGUAGUUCGCAUGCUGUUGAGAUAGGAUGGCAAGAUGAUCGCAACACAACGUAUGGAUGUUUCGGAUACCUCAUCAGUACUCGUGGUGUUGUAGCAUCGGCAUCCUGUUUGUCAGAAAGAGCUGAUCUACCUAACAUUGUGCAGAUUGGAGGAAUCGAUUCAUUGGACAAUUCGCGUGUUGUUCCUAUUGAGAAAGUCAUCAUCCAUCCCGACUACAAGAAGGAAACACUAGAACAUAAUAUUGCAAUAGUGAAACUGGAAUCAACCGUGGAUCCAUCGGAGAAUGUCUUUCCUACGUGUCUUUGGCAGAACAUUACUCACUCGCCGGUCAAGCAGCUAGUAAUGGAUCUUGCUUCCAAGCGAUACGAUCCCAUUCAUCCGAUGUACAAAAGCGACUGCGAGGCUCUUUUGAAUCGUACUUUCGACGAGCAUUAUACCCUCUGCAUGCAUCCAGGGAUAACAACCUCCAAUAACCACCUUGUAAAAGAUAAUUCCAUCUCGAAAAGCUGCUAUGAUUCUGGAAGUCCUAUUGUAUGGAGACAGGUUAGGAAUAGCACUGAUAACGCAGAAUACCUCGUGCAUAUGUACAGCCACGGAAGCUGCGAUCUGAACACUCCACACGUAGUGACCCGUGUCGCGGCAUACAUCGAGUGGUUCAAGCAAUUGCUUCAGUGAUUUCAAUUUUACAGCAUUUGGUAACAUCUGUUCAGUCAAUGUUGAGAUAUAAAAAAAAUUGAACAAUAAAAUCCGU